CGUUCGUAAAUCAUUCGAUUCGUGGAUAUGUUCGCAGUGGCCUUGAUGCUGGCGUGCCUGGUGCUGGCUGCCCAGGCGCAGGUCUCCUUCCACACGGAUGCCAACACAAACUCCUACAGCGUAAAGACCCCGCAGCUGCAGCAGACCUUCACUCGUUACUAUGGAGCAGCCAAGCAGGAGCAGCCACAGGCACAGCCACAGCAGGAGGUGCAGCAGGAGCCGACGCAAACUGCCAGUCCUUUUGCUGUGUAUCAGCAGCAGGCAGCAGCUCGUGGUGGCAAGCCCAAGCCAUCCGCCGUGUCCACACUCCAGCAGCAGCAGCUGCAGCAGCAGCACGAACAGCAGCAGCUGCAGCAGCAGCAGCAGCAGCAGCAGCAACUUCUGGCACAGUCGGGCGUGGCAGGACAACGGGCCCAAGUGCCCACAUAUGCGGACCAAAUGCAGGCCGCCUUCCUCGACUACCAGCGGCAGCGAGCGGAGUUUGAGCAGCAGCAACAGCAGCUGCUGCAGAAGCUCUACCAGUACUAUCCGGACAUGUCGAACGGACAGGCUCAAGCUCAGACCCAGCCCGAUGCUGCUGGUUCACGUUUUGUCUACCGUCGCCCGCAGUUCGGAUCCAACGGGUUGCAGCAGCAGCAGCAGCAACAGCAGGGAGCAGCCCAAGGACAGGCCGUUCGUGGCGCAUACUCAGCGGGCGACAUCUACGCAGGAGGAGCGGGUGGCCGCGGUGUUCAGGCUGCCACCUCGAGCGGAGACUUCUACUCCACGCAGCAGCACAUGGGCUUCCUGCAGCAGCAGCAGCAGGACGUGCUCCGUGAGCAGCAGCAGCAGUUUGCCAACAGCCAGUUGGCACCCACAACCACCCAGAGCUACGGCAUGGCCGUGCCCAUGUCCUCGGUGCUCGGCUCCCCAUCCUUCCAGCCCUCCUCGGACGUCUCCCACGUGAGCUUCAGCAGUGGAAAUCUCAACUACAAUUUCUAGUCAGCCGCAAGCUGGGAAGGGAAUCCAGCCUUAAUCUUAAGCCGUUUUUUUUUUCUCGAUCUAUUUAGGGUUUCGUUUUGUUGUCCAAAUUCAAAGUACAAAACAAUUCAGGCAUUAAAUCGUAUAAUUUUGCUGCGAAUGAUGCAAAA